AUGGCAUCGAAGUCCAAGACGCCCAAAAACUGGCCUUCCAACAUUCAAUAUCUGACCGCACAGCGAUGGCAUCCUUCAGUGUCUGCCGAAGCCCUCACGUUCUUGCGCUGUGGCCUUCCCGCUCCUGGCUCAGCUAGUUCAAACAGUGCCCCCUCAUAUGUUUUCAUUCGACGUAUCACAGAGUCAUCUCACCCAGCUUGCGGCCAAUGUGGCUUGUUCGCUUCGAAAAGGAUCCCCACAAAAACAUGCAUCAUAGACUACAUUGGAGAAGUGCAUUGCGAUGACAGACCAGGCUCCGACUAUGACCUUUCUCUCCAUCGAUUUCAAGAUGGUACUAGCGUCGGUGUUGAUGCGGAUAAGAUGGGAAACGAGUCCAGGUUUAUCAAUGACUAUAGAGGAGUUAGUUCGAAACCGAACGCAGAGUUCAAGGAUCGGAGGGUGGCGCAAGGAGAGUUACGAAUGAGUGUUUGGAGUCUGGUGGAGAUUAAGAAGGGUGAAGAGAUCACUGUGUCGUACGGCAAAGCUUGGUGGAAAGCGAGAACAGAAGAAGCUCAGGCCACAGAGGCUCGAGACUGUCGGUGACGGGAAUGGAUAUGCAGGGCUGAGGGGACUCGAUAGGUCAACGCCACAGACUCUAUGGGAGAAAUAAUUCCAAACCUCUCUUCGCGUGUUCAAUGGGGCCGGUGCGGCACAAUCGAACAAUGCAGUCGUCCAUGCUUUAUUCUAGCGCUCACCAACAUCAUACCGC